AAUUCUGGUUUGACAUAAAGCUUACUUUUCAUACAGCAUUACAUAGUACAUUCACUCAAAAUUAGGGUUUUUGUUUGGUCAAAAUUGAACCAAGUUACUGACCUUUAAGCUACAUUUGGGUGGUGUAGUAUACUUGUAAACAAAAAAUGGCGACAGAAUCAUCAGAAGGAGAAGAAGAAGGGAAGAUCACAGGAGGAAACAAGCUCUUGGUUAUAGAAGAUGAUCUUAGAGAAAUGGGAAAAAAAGCUGCUUGGAGUGUUAGUUCUUGCAAACCUGGAAAUGGGGUCUCUUCUCUUAGAGAUGACAAUCUUGACACUUAUUGGCAAUCAGAUGGAGCACAGCCCCAUUUGGUUAAUAUUCAAUUUCAGAAGAAAGUGAAGCUGCAAUUAGUUGUUCUUUAUGUGGAUUUUAAGCUUGAUGAGAGUUACACACCUAGUAAGAUUUCGAUUCGUGCUGGUGAUGGGUUUCAUAAUUUGAAGGAGAUUAAGACUAUGGAACUUGUGAAGCCAACUGGGUGGGUUUAUCUUUCCUUAUCUGGAAAUGAUCCCAGGGAAACAUUUGUCAAUACAUUUAUGUUGCAAAUUGCUGUGCUAUCAAAUCACCUUAAUGGAAGGGAUACUCAUGUACGCCAGAUCAAAGUUUAUGGGCCUCAGCUGAACCCUUUUCCACAUCAGCCUUUUCAAUUUACUUCAAGGGAAUUCAUUACAUACUCUUCUGUGAGAUGAGAAACAUGACCACCAAAAAAAGAGGAAUUUCGAUACUAUAUCAAGCAGAGCGGUGAAGCAUGUAGCUGAAAGUAGCCAGAUCAUCAAAAAACGAUGAAGAGUUUUUAUCCUCGUAUCCAUUGCCUGUUAACUAUGGUGUUCAUAUAUCAACAGUUGUUGAAGAAAGUAGAUACAUGGGUAUUAAGAUCAUGUCACUAAUUGGUUUUCUAGUGAUCAGAAGUAUCCAGUCUCAUAUUGUCUUGCGAGUAUUGAUCCAAGGCAGCUAGAAAUAGGGGACCAUAUCUUAGAUGAUGUUCUGUAAGCCUAACGAGGAUUUUGACAUUUUGAGGAUCUCAUGGGUACAAAAUGUAGUUACUCUGCUUUCCUUAAAAAUCCAGGCGACCUCAUACUUGGAAA